GGCUGGGACAGCCGGGCACCCCGGGGAUUCCAGGUGCGCGCUGGAAAUCUAGCGGGCGCCGGGCCGGGCCGCCGAGGAGGAGCGAGUCUUGACCGGCCAGAGUCUUUAUUAAGGCCACUUCCAUGUGAUGCCAUCUUCUAAAAGGCCCUCACCAAGAGCUGAUGCCAGUGCCAUGAUCUUGAACCUACAGAACUGUGAGCUAAAUGAGCCUCUUUUCUUUGAUCUGCAUCAUUCAGAAGCUAGAAUCCGAAGUCAUGGAUUGAACUGAGCCACUCUGCACCUGUCAGAUAUUGAGAAACCAAUGAGUGACUGAAGAGGAGUCUCAUGGAGUUGAAAGAGGCAGAAUUAGAGAGAGACAGAGAGAAAGGUCUUCCAUCCGAUGGUUCACCCCCUAAAUAACCGCUACGGCCAGCGAGCUGUGCUGAUCCGAAGCCAGGAGCCAAGUGCUUCCUUCCUGGUCUCCCAUGUGGGUGCAGGGCCCAAGGACUUGAACCAUCCUCCACUGCCUUUGUGGGCCACAGCAGAGAGCUGGACUGGAAGAGGAGCAACCGACUAGAACCCAGCACCCAUAUGAGAUGCUGGCGCUGCAUGCGGAGGAUUAACCAAAUCAUUAAUCAUGCUGGAAUGAGUACUUCAUGGACUGUGGAGCUGAUUUUUCACCUACAUCUUUCUGUCUCCAUCUUUAAAGGGACACCAUCAAGUUACCUAUUGACCCUGCCAUGUUGUGUGGAUCUACUAUUUGUGUUGGAAGUUUGGAUCUCCUUGACCUUUUUAUCUGGAGGGUUGCCCUGAGACAUAAUCCCAGCGUGCUGAGAUUGCUGUGUCAUGACCCUGUACAUCUUGCUUAAGUGCUAUAAAAGAUCACCCUGUUAUAAAGAAGUAUGACGUGGUAUAUCCUGUAAGACUUCAUCCAGUUCAUAAAAGGGAGGUCAAAGAUCCACAGCAAAAGGGAAAAUUUGAAACUGAAUUAAAGUAUAAAAUGACAGUCAAUGGAAAAAUUGCGGUGCUUUAUUUGAAACAAAACAAGAAUCUCCUUGCACCAGGCUACACAGAAACAUAUUAUAAUUCCACAGGAAAAGAAGUCACCACAAGUCCACAAAUCAUGGAUGACUGUUACUAUCAAGGACAUAUCCUUAAUGAAAAACUUUCCGAUGCUAGCAUCAGCACAUGCAGGGGUCUGAGGGGCUACUUCAGCCAAGGAGACGAAAGGUACUUCAUUGAACCUUUAAGUUCCACAAACCAGGAUGAACAGGAGCAUGCACUCUUCAAGUAUGAUCCUGAUGAAAACAAAUCCAGCAGCUCCUGUGGGAUGGAUGAUUUGUUAUGGGCACAUAGAUCACAGCAGAAUGUGGACCUACCUGCCUCCAGACUGGUCAAACUGAAUGACCAGAAAGUUCAAGAGCGUAAGAAAUAUAUAGAAUAUUAUUUGGUCCUGGAUAAUGGUGAGUAUAAAAAAUACAAUGAAAACCCAGAGGAAAUAAGAAACAGGGUGUUUGAGAUGGCCAAUUACGUCAACAUGCUUUAUAAAAAGCUCAAUACUCAUGUGGCUUUAGUUGGUGUGGAAAUCUGGAGUGAUGAAGAUAAGAUAAAGAUAUCUCCAAAUGCAAGCUUCACUUUGGAAAAUUUUUCUAAAUGGAGAGGCAAUGUUCUCCUACGGAGAAAACGUCAUGAUAUUGCUCAGUUGAUCACAGCAAAAGAACUUUCUGGAACAACUGUGGGCCUUGCUUUCAUGUCUACCAUGUGCUCUCCUUAUCAUUCUGUUGGGAUUGUUCAGGACCACAGUGACAAUCUUCUUAGAGUUGCUGGAACAAUGGCCCAUGAAAUGGGCCACAACUUUGGAAUGUAUCAUGAUUCCUAUGUUUGCAAGUGCCCUUCUACAAUAUGUGUGAUGGACAAAUCACUAAGCUUCUAUAUCCCUACAGACUUCAGUUCCUGUAGCCGUGUCAGCUAUGACAAGUUCUUUGAGGAAAAGUUAUCAGAUUGCAUCUUUAAUGUUCCAUCCCCUAAAGAUAUUAUAUCCAUCCCAAUCUGUGGCAACCAAUUGGUAGAAUUAGGAGAAGACUGUGACUGUGGGACCCCUGAGGAAUGUACCAACGUUUGCUGUGAAGCUAAAACAUGUAAAAUCAAAGCAGGUUUUCAAUGUGCAUUAGGAGAAUGCUGUGAAAAAUGCCAACUUAAAAAGGCUGGGAUGGUUUGCAGACCUGCAAAAGAUGAGUGUGACCUGCCUGAAAUGUGUGAUGGUAAAUCCAAUAAUUGCCCUGACAAUAGAUUCCGAGUCAAUGGCUUCCCUUGCCAGAAUGGGAAGGGCUACUGUCUGAUGGGAACUUGCCCCACACUGCAGAAGCAGUGCACGGAACUCUGGGGACCAGGAACCAAAGUUUCAGAUAAGUCAUGUUACAGCCGGAAUGAAGGUGGGUCAAAGUAUGGAUACUGUCGCAGAGUGGACAACACACACAUUCCCUGUAAAGCAAAUGAUGCCAUGUGCGGAAAAUUGUUCUGUGAAGGUGGGUCUGAUAAUUUGCCCUGGAAAGGAAGUAUAGUAACCUUCCUGACAUGUAAAACAUUUGACCCUGAAGACAGAAGUCAAGAAAUAGGGAUGGUGGCCAAUGGAACUAAGUGUGGAAAUCACAAGGUUUGCAUUAAUGCAGAAUGUGUGGAUGUUGAGAGAGCCUACAAAUCAACCAAUUGCUCUUCUAAGUGCAAAGGACAUGCUGUGUGUGACCAUGAGCUCCAAUGUCAAUGUAAGGAAGGAUGGGUGCCUCCCGAUUGUGAUGACUCCUCCAUGGUCUCCAACUUCUCCAUCAUCAUUGGGGUGCUGUUCCCCUUGGCAGUCAUAUUUGUGGUGGUCGCCAUAGUAAUCCGACAUCAAAGUGCCAGAAGAAAGCAGAACAAAGUUCAGAGGCCACUAUCUACCACUGGCAAAAAGCCAUACAAACAGAAGAAGAAACCCCAAAUGGCAAAGGCUAUUCAACCUCAAGAGAUGAGUCAGAUGAAGCUCCAUGUGUCUGAGCUGCCUCUAGAAAGCAAUGAGCCUCCAGCUUCUUUUCUGAUUACAAAGCCAGAUUUUCCACCACCACCAAUUCCUACAUCUAUAUCAUCUUCUUUCCUUGUAAAUAUCAGCCGGCCACUGGAUAAAGGAAAGCCUACACAUAAGGAUUCAAAUCCAAAAGUCUGAAGCAACAGGUGAAUGGGUAAAUGUUCAAUUUGGAUGACUGGACAAUCUGGAUGAAAGAAAUAUAUGUGCUUCCUAUGACCGUUUGCUUUUGACAUGCAAGGAGGUUAACAUUUUUUUAUUCUUGCUGUAUUUGGAAGAGAUUAAACACAUGUUUUACAGUGAUAUGCUCUUAAGAAUCUAUAUGAAUUUUAAAAGUCUAUUCUCCAAAAUCAUGAGAAGAUGAUUAAAUCUUUAAUAGGUAAUUUCCCUAGAUAC